UUAUUAAUCAACAAAGAAAAAUUAAAAUUCUUAAAAGAUGAGAUAAAUUCAGAAGCACUUAUUUAUUAGUUUUAAAUAUAGCAGACAGAAUUCCAUUGGUCUAAUUUGGGACCUUAGGAUAGAUUUUGACUCUAUCUGACAAACAUAUCAAGAUAAAGAAUAGGAAAGGGCCCUUAGGUUUAUUUGUGACCUCUGAGGAGCCGUAUGAGGUGAAAAUCUCACGUACGGUUCUGGAAUAGCGAUGGGCACAGUGAUGUUAUCAUCGACUAUGAUUAUCUAACAGUUCAAGUACAGUUGAUAUAGUGGAAGCGCAGUCAAAAUAUGGUUUUUGGGGGUGGAAUUUGUGGCGUCAACCCAUCGGGUUUAUCGUUUUUCUAAUUUCUUCUCUCGCCGAGUGUGAAAGAUUACCUUUUGAUUUACCAGAAGCAGAAGAAGAAUUAGUAGCAGGGUAUCAAACCGAAUAUUCAGGUAUCAAAUUUGGUUUAUUUUACAUUGCUUCAUAUCUGAAUCUACUAGUUUCUUCAUUAUUUGUAACAGUUCUUUACUUGGGAGGUUGGAAUCUUUCUAUUCCGUACAUAUUUGUUCCUGAGCUAUUUGGCAUAAAUAAAGGGGGUAAAGUCUUUGGAACACUAAUUGGUAUCUUUAUCACAUUAGCCAAAACUUAUUUGUUUUUGUUCAUUCCUAUUGCAACAAGAUGGACUUUACCGAGGCUGAGAAUGGACCAACUAUUAAAUCUUGGGUGGAAAUUUCUUUUACCGAUUUCUCUAGGUAAUCUAUUAUUGACAACCUCGUCCCAACUUCUUUCACUGUAAAAGACCACAAUAUCCUAGAUUCACGACUUGUCUCAAACAAGAGAAAGAAACAAGCAUAAAAUCUUUUUUAUAGAUAUUCAACAUAUGCUCCCUAUGAUAACUGAAUUCAUAAAUUAUGGUCAACAAACAAUACGAGCCGCCAGAUACAUCGGCCAAGGUUUCAUGAUUACCCUGUCCCACGCAAAUCGUUUACCUGUAACUAUUCAAUACCCCUACGAAAAAUUGAUCACAUCGGAACGUUUCCGAGGCCGAAUACACUUUGAAUUUGAUAAAUGCAUUGCUUGUGAAGUAUGUGUGCGUGUAUGUCCUAUAGAUUUACCCGUUGUUGAUUGGAAGUUGGAAACUGAUAUUCGAAAGAAACGAUUGCUUAAUUACAGUAUUGAUUUUGGAAUCUGUAUAUUUUGUGGUAAUUGCGUUGAGUAUUGCCCAACAAAUUGUUUAUCAAUGACCGAAGAAUAUGAACUUUCUACUUAUGAUCGUCACGAAUUGAAUUAUAAUCAAAUCGCUUUGGGUCGCUUACCAAUGUCAGUAAUUGAUGAUUACACAAUUCGAACAAUUUCGAAUUUACCUCAAAUAAACAAUGAAUAAACCCUUAAUUCGAUUCAAAAAAAUUACGAAUUACGAAGGCUUAGUUCGGAUCUAAAACAAUGAGAUUUUUGCUUGGGCAAUUCAAACUAGUGGUUGCUUAAUGAGACUCCUAGCUUAAUUUAGAUUGAAAACAAAACCGAUUUCAAUAUUAUAUAUUAUAAUAGUAAUGGUUUCAAAGUAGAUAAAUGAUAUCAAAAAUAGAUAGGUUUAAACUACUCUUUCGACGAAUAAAGAAUGGAUAGUGGUCCAAUAAAAUAAAAGCAUCUACGUCAAUUCAUACCCAUUAGACUUUCAUUCAAUUAACAAUUUCAAAGUAUCAUAAAAAAUAGAAAAACUUCUUUUUUCCUGGUCAGGUCAAUAAAGUCAUGAAAUUCUUCGUUUUUGAUUUUUUAUAAAAAAUGGAUUUAUCUGAACCAAUACAUGAUUUUCUUUUAGUCUUUCUAGGAUCGGGUCUUAUAUUAGGGGGUCUAGGAGUGGUAUUACUUCCCAAUCCAAUUUAUUCGGCCUUUUCCUUGGGAUUGGUUCUUAUUUGUACAUCGUUAUUCUAUAUUCUAUCUAACUCCUAUUUUGUAGCUGCUGCGCAGCUACUUAUUUACGUAGGAGCUAUAAAUGUUUUAAUCAUUUUUGCUGUGAUGUUCAUGAAUGGCUCAGAAUAUUACAAGGAUUUUCAUCUUUGGACCGUAGGAGAUGGAAUUACUUCGAUGGUUUGUAUAAGUCUUUUUAUUUCACUAAUUACUACUAUUUCAGAUACGUCAUGGUACGGGAUUAUUUGGACUACAAGAUCAAACCAGAUUAUAGAGCAAGAUUUUCUAAGUAAUAGUCAACAAAUUGGAAUUCAUUUAUCAACAGAUUUUUUUCUCCCAUUUGAACUUAUUUCCAUAAUCCUUUUAGUUGCUUUAAUAGGUGCAAUUGCUGUAGCUCGUCAAUAAAAAAUUUCUAUUAAAACUUGGAAUUCAAAUAAAAUUUUGUUCUGUCUUAUCACAUUAAUUUUCCUUGAAUUCUAUUUGAAUUCUAGCUGGAUAAAUAGAAAGACUUUAGGUCAAUCUAGUACCAAUCUAUUUCUUUGUUCCAUACUUGUUAUAUACUAGUCAAUGAAAUUAGUUGAAUUGUUGUUCAUAUUGAAAGGAGUCGAGAUUGAUAAGGAGUUGUUUAAUGAUUCUCGAACAUGUACUUGUUUUGAGUGCCUAUUUAUUUUCUAUCGGUAUCUAUGGAUUGAUCACAAGUCGAAAUAUGGUUAGAGCCCUUAUGUGUCUUGAACUUAUAUUGAAUGCGGUUAAUAUAAAUUUUGUAACAUUUUCUGAUUUUUUUGAUAAUCGUCAAUUAAAGGGAGACAUUUUCUCAAUUUUUGUUAUAGCUAUUGCAGCCGCUGAAGCAGCCAUUGGCCUGGCUAUUGUUUCAUCAAUUUACCGUAACAGAAAAUCAACUCGUAUCAACCAAUCAAAUUUGUUGAAUAAUUAAUAUUAAUCAUCUAGAUUCUAAUAUUGAGAAAUCAAUUUUAAUUAGCAUGUUUACUACGUAAAGUAUGAUCUUGUUUGCAAAACAUAAGAAAUCAAAGUAUUUUGGCCUCUCUCAUAUCUCAUAAACCAAUCCAGAAAGGGGUUGAUUAGAAAAUCAUGAUAACUCAUUGAUUCAUCUGGUAUCUAAAUAUAUGAUUCGUUUCUAAGUUUACUAGAUCGAAAAUUUAUAACAUUCAAAAACGUAUAGACCCAAUGUCACAUUCAGUAAAGAUUUAUGAUACGUGUAUAGGAUGUACUCAAUGUGUCCGAGCCUGCCCCACUGAUGUAUUAGAAAUGAUACCUUGGGACGGUUGUAAGGCUAAACAAAUUGCUUCUGCUCCACGAACAGAGGACUGUGUUGGUUGUAAGAGAUGUGAAUCCGCCUGUCCAACAGAUUUCUUGAGUGUCCGAGUUUAUUUAUGGCAUGAAACAACUCGCAGUAUGGGUCUAGCUUAUUGAUACGUUCGAGAAAACUCUACUUGAAUCCAUUUAAUUUUUUUACCGACAAACCUGUGCUCGAAAAUAAAAAUAUUUUGAGCACGGGUUUUUUUGGUCCAAGUGUAUCUUGUCUUUACUACGAAUUAUUUUCCUUGGUUAACAAUAAUUGUCGUUUUUCCGAUAUUUGCGGGUUCUUUAAUUUUCUUUCUUCCCCAUAAAGGAAAUAGGGUAAUUAGGUGGUAUACGAUAUGUAUAUGUAUUUUAGAACUCCUUCUAACAACUUAUGCAUUUUGUUAUCAUUUCCAAUCGGAUGAUCCAUUAAUCCAACUAGUAGAGGAUUAUAAAUGGAUCGAUUUUUUUGAUUUCCAUUGGAGAUUAGGAAUAGAUGGACUUUCUAUAGGACCCAUUUUAUUAACAGGAUUUAUCACUACUUUAGCGACUUUAGCGGCUUGGCCAGUUACUCGAGAUUCUAGAUUAUUCCAUUUUCUCAUGUUAGCAAUGUACAGUGGUCAAAUUGGAUCAUUUUCGUCUCGGGACCUUUUACUUUUUUUCAUCAUGUGGGAGUUAGAAUUAAUUCCUGUUUAUCUACUUCUAGCCAUGUGGGGAGGAAAGAAACGUCUGUACUCAGCUACAAAAUUUAUUUUGUACACGGCGGGGGGUUCUGUUUUUCUCUUAAUGGGAGUUUUGGGUGUUGCUUUAUAUGGUUCUAAUGAACCAACAUUAAAUUUUGAAACAUCAGUUAAUCAGUCAUAUCCUGUGGUUUUAGAAAUAAUCUUCUAUAUUGGAUUUUUUAUUGCUUUUGCUGUCAAAUCGCCCAUUAUCCCCCUACACACAUGGUUACCAGAUACCCAUGGAGAAGCACAUUACAGUACUUGUAUGCUUCUAGCCGGAAUCUUAUUAAAAAUGGGAGCGUAUGGAUUAAUUCGAAUCAAUAUGGAAUUAUUACCUCAUGCCCAUUCUAUAUUUUCUCCUUGGUUGAUGAUAAUAGGUACAAUACAAAUAAUCUAUGCAGCUUCAACAUCUCUUGGCCAACGGAAUUUAAAAAAAAGAAUAGCCUAUUCCUCUGUCUCCCAUAUGGGUUUCAUAAUUAUAGGAAUUAGUUCUCUAACCGAUACGGGACUUAAUGGAGCCCUUUUACAAAUAAUCUCUCAUGGAUUUAUUGGUGCUGCACUUUUUUUCUUGGCGGGAACGACUUAUGAUAGAAUCCGCCUUGUUUAUCUUGACGAAAUGGGCGGAAUAGCUAUUCCAAUGCCAAAAAUGUUCACGAUGUUCAGUAGCUUUUCGAUGGCUUCCCUUGCAUUACCAGGUAUGAGUGGUUUUGUUGCCGAAUUGAUAGUAUUUUUUGGAAUAAUUACCGGCCAAAAAUAUCUUUUAAUUCCAAAACUACUAAUUACUUUUGUAAUGGCAAUUGGAAUUAUAUUAACUCCUAUUUAUUCAUUAUCUAUGCCACGCCAGAUGUUCUAUGGAUACAAGCUAUUUAACGCCCCGAAGGAUUCUUUUUUUGAUUCUGGACCGCGAGAGUUAUUUCUUUCGAUCUCCAUCUUUUUACCCGUAAUAGGUAUUGGUAUAUACCCCGAUUUCGUUCUUUCAUUAGCAGUUGACAAGGUCGAAGUUAUUCUAUCUAAUUUUUUUUAUAGAUAAUUGGAUGACUGAAAUAAAAAAACCUAUGUUUGUUUUUAAAAACAUUCUUGGACAAUGAAAAAAAGAAGACUUUUUUUCUUCUCUUAACUUAAGAAUUAAGUAAAAACAAUGAAAUUGAACUACAUAUGGUAGAAAACCGUGUGAAUCAUCAAUACAAUAUUUGAUUCACACGGUCCGCAUGCUGG